AUGGAAUCUGUCCAAGUCAAGAUAGGCUAUGGUUUCACACACGAAAAGUAUCUUAUUGAUGCUUUUUUCGCAGCCCACAGAAGCGAAAAGGACGGUUUUGCAAGCGACGGUAAUCGGGGAAUGGCUCGGAUCGGGCAGAUAGCUGUUGAGAUGGCAGAAACCUCCUAUGCUGUUCUAGUCGAGAAAGCGCACUUAACCGAUAUCAAUCGUCGUAACUAUUGGUGGAAGGAUAAGAAAAAAGUGGCAACGGCAUGCAAAUUUUUGGACAUUGAGCCCCAUAUCGUCCGGAGUGCUCGACAGACCGGGCAAGAGCUUUCUGUGGAAGUGCUGAACUUCGCACUGAAUGCUGUGAUCGGUGCUGUCUGGCUUGACUGUCAAGAUCAGAACAGAAGCAUCAAGGACUCAUGCAACACCAUUUCAAGAAUCUUGGGCCAAAUUGAUAGCUCCGUCGGUUCAUCGACAACCGCUAACGAGGAUCAAAAUGUGUCUCUUGUCGCUGAGAGUAACGUAUCAAUCUUUUCACCCAGACUAGUGACGCACGAAACACCAGAGGGAAAUGUAGUAAACGACUUGGAUGUGAGAGAAUGUUCAGCCAACCUUGAGAUAUACGAAGAUUUUUCUGUGUUUUCACCACUGUCGGUCUUGGAAGAACAUCACGACCUAGUAACCGAACAAUCGUCGCCCCAGCGGUUUUUUCUGGAGCAACAACCUUUUCCAGAAUAUGAAACUGUGGAAUAUGUUAACCAGAAUCAUGGCCAUGGAAACAUCGUUGGUUCUUUAUUGAAUGAAACACAAGGUGUGCGUGUACAACCUGUUUUUUUGGUUGAGCAGGAAAGAGUUAUAGAAUCCAUAACGCCUGGGGAGGCUGAUAGUAGCGGAUCCAUCACUGCAACGUUGAAACGGGCCUUGCCCGGCCGAGAGCCUGAGGACUCAGUAGGAACGCAGGAUAUAGGAUCUUUAGAGAAGAAGAAUAAACGAGCCCAAACAGAGAGAGGUAGGGUCGAUGCAGCGCUGGAGUCAUUGCUAGAUGCGGAGCGACAGAAGAUCGGUUUAUGUUCACAAUCAGAGCGCGCCAAACUACUAGGACAUCUGGAGUAUCCCCAGACUGCUCAGCUUAGGGACCCAUUUCAUGUACUCAAGUUUUUGUAUCUAGCAAUCGGCAGCUGGAAUACCCUUGCCGACUUCGCCAGUCAGCUUCAAAGCGUUAGGGAGGCGCGGCACUCCCCUGCUUUACCGUCUGCUAUCUAUUCGGCUGCCUCCAUGGCAUUCAAUAUGAUAUGUCGACUCGAAAAUGAGAGGACUACUUGCAUCUUGUUAAAACGAUAUUACGCGAUAAAAUUUCUUGAGGAUGGACAACAGUCUUCCCAGCCACGCGAAAGCAUGCAAGUGGAAACUGCAGUAACUUUUGGGCUUGGAAACACACGGCAAAGAGGCAAUCCCCAGAUGCGGCAGGAAGCUGCUGAGAUUAAGUUUUUGACUUCCAAGAUUGCCCCAGAUGUUGAAAACACGUCUGACGAGUACUCGGCGGUUUACGACAAAGUCAAACGUUUCCGACAAUUAGGAAAACGAUUGCAGAUAUUGACAAAGCGCUUUGGAAUCGGUGUAUUAGUCCUCCUACCUUCUGGGCCGUCUUUUCCUGGCGUCUCUUUGACAGAUCGCAUGCUCUCUGACAUCAACAUGAACGAUCUUGCUGAAUUUGCUACGUUGUUAGAGAAAAAACAGGGACCGCUUUUGAGGAAACUUAGCAAUGCCAUCGCGCCAACUUUGUUAGCGCUUGCAGCCUUCUACCAAGGUCAGAACAUGGAUCCCCCACCCAGCCUUGUAGACAUAGAGAGCUUGAAGGAUACACCCAAGGCGUUGCUUACUCUGUCGACUAACCACUCAUAUGCGAUCUAA